AUGGCGCGAAUGAUUGGCUCGCUGCUGCUGCUUGGUGGGCUGCGGUUGGUGGCAGGAGAUGUGUGCCCCGAUGAUGUUGAGGUCGACCUUUGUGACACCAACCCCGAACAGUUCUCAGGAUCCACGGGCAUGACUCCCAACCUCUCUUUGCUGCUUCUCGUGCUGGCCCUGGCCCAGCCGGGACGCGCAAAGUCUUGGGCCUUGCUGCUGCCCGCUGUUGUGCUGCCAAGCAUGGUGGCUGGGCUCACCUGCGGUGACGUCAAGGACUUCUACAAGACGAACCAGUGCUGCGGUUCCGCGACAAAGGAGCUGGGCACGUACCCGGGCGCGCCGACCUGCCCCUACAACUUCCAGAAGCCGGCGUGCUCCAUGGCAGGGCCCCAGACGCCGCGUGACCUGACCACGGGUGCCAUGGGCGACAGGACGCCAAAAGCCAUCACCCUCACCGACACGCAGGCAAAUUCGCUGCCGCUGGUGAACGUGCACUUCCACUACGGCGCGGAGCACAAGUCAGACGCCUACUCCGACGGAACGGACUCGCAGACCUAUGACUCAAGCCGGCGCUUGGCAACAACCGGCACGGUGCGACCGGGCUGGAUGUGCCCCACGAGCAGCCUGAACAGCACCCAGCUGCAAGCCUACACCUUCCAGUACUGCAAGGGCCAGGUGGAAGUGGGCAAGUCCUACGAGAUUCAUUACGUCCACUCCUCUGCCGGCAUGGAUGCCAAUGAGACAGAUGACGUCAAUGCUGACAAUCUGGCAGACGGCUUGGGAGGUGCCGCAAACGGCCGUGGCCUCUUGAACCCUAUGAUCGUGGUCCAAGCGCAGAUCUUCCAGAUUGUAAACGGUGCAGCCACAGUUGAUGACAUGCUGCAUGGCUGGACCGUUGUUGGCCACACCGACUCUGUGAUGUACUCGGGCUCAACCACUGGAACCUCUCAUGACAACUCCGUGUGCUCGCCGUACGCGAUCUCUUGGCACGUGGACAAGGCAUGCCACCAGGUAUCUCCGGAGUCGUUCGACAACCUUUGCAAGCAGAUGAAGGAGACUUAUGGCAUGGAUGGGGAUUUAUAUCCCCACGGCUCCCGCAUCCUGGUUGACAAGCAAUACGUUGUCCAGUCCCAGUACGUCGUGCCUCUGCAGUGA